AUGGAUCUUGCACAGUUGGACAGGAACACGGUGAACGGUGCCCUUGUCGACCUCCCAACUGGAAGCACAAUCAACGGCAAGCUUGGCGACCUCUACAACUGCUCUGCCUCUGCCAAUGAAGGUGCCGUGCAACAGGAAGAUGGCUACGUCAUCGAAGUGGAGUCCGCAAGACGUAUUCUGCUCCCGGUGAUGAACGCCGCACUCUUCUCCAAGUACUACCUCAAGAUCGCCGCCACACGAUGA